GCGGGGGCGGCGGUGACGGCGGGGCUGCCUGGCCGGGCGCUCUGCAGCGCGCACCGGGCCUGGCCGCUGCGGGAGCCGGCGCCGGACGUUAACGCUCCCCGAUGGCCAGCGGAGCAGCCGAGCUGGAGAACAUGGAGGUCCAACCGCAGAACAACAACACCCGCUGGGAGAACACGGACAACCAGGCCUGGGACGACACCACGGCCACCGCCAAGCUGUUUGAGUGCUCCCGCAUCAAAGCACUCGCCGAUGAGCGUGAGGCCGUGCAGAAGAAAACCUUCACCAAGUGGGUGAACUCGCACCUGGCCCGGGUAUCCUGCCGCAUCAGCGACCUCUACGCCGACCUCCGCGACGGCUACAUGCUGACCAAGCUGCUGGAGGUGCUGUCCGGGGAGCAGCUGCCCAAGCCGACGCGCGGGCGCAUGCGGAUCCACUCGCUGGAGAACGUGGACAAGGCCCUGCAGUUCCUGAAGGAGCAGCGCGUGCACCUGGAGAACGUCGGCUCGCACGACAUCGUGGACGGGAACCACCGCCUGACGCUGGGGCUCAUCUGGACCAUCAUCCUGCGGUUCCAGAUCCAGGUGAUUAAAAUCGAGACGGAAGACAACAGGGAGACGCGCUCGGCCAAGGACGCGCUGCUGCUCUGGUGCCAGAUGAAGACGGCAGGGUACCCGGAAGUGAAUAUCCAGAACUUCACCACCAGCUGGAGAGACGGGCUGGCCUUCAACGCCCUGAUCCACCGGCACAGGCCAGAGAUCAUCGACUUCAGCAAACUCACCAAGUCCAACGCUAUGUACAACCUGCAGCAGGCCUUCAACUUGGCCGAGCAGCAGCUGGGCCUGACCAAGCUGCUGGACCCGGAAGACGUGAACAUGGAGAACCCGGACGAGAAGUCCAUCAUCACCUACGUUGUCUCUUUCUACCACUACUUCUCCAAAAUGAAGGCCCUCGCAGUGGAGGGGAAGAGGAUUGGGAAGGUGCUGGACCAGGCGGUGGAGAUCGAGAAGCUCAUGGAGCGGUACGAGCUGCUGGCAGCCGAGCUGCUGGCGUGGAUCGAGCGCACCGUCGGCAUCAUCAGCAACCAGAAGUUCGCCAACUCCCUGGCCGGGGUGCAGCAGCAGCUCCAGGCCUUCACCACCUUCUGCACCCUGGAGAAGCCGGUCAAGUUCCAGGAGAAGGGGAACCUGGAGGUCCUGCUGUUCAGCAUCCAGAGCAAACUGCGGGCCCAGGGCCGCAAACUUUACGUGCCCAGCGAGGGCCGGGGCAUCGCGGACAUCAACAAGGCCUGGGCCCGGCUGGAGAAGGUGGAGCACGAGCGGGAGGUGUCGCUGCGCAACGAGCUCAUCCGGCAGGAGAAGCUGGAGCUGCUGGCCCAGCGCUUCGACCACAAGGCCGGCAUGCGGGAGGCCUGGCUCGGCGAGAACCAGCGGCUGGUGGCGCAGGACAACUUCGGCUACGACCUGCCGGCGGUGGAGGCCGCCAUGAAGAAGCACGAGGCCAUCGAGGCGGACGUCUCGUCCUACGAGGAGCGCAUCCAGGUGGUGGUGGAGCUGGCGCUGGCCCUGGAGGCCGAGGGUUACUACGACGUGCGGCGCAUCAGCGCCCAGAAGGGCAGCAUCUUGCGCCAGUGGGGGCUGCUGACCGAGCUGGUGGGCGCCCGGCGGGCCCGCCUGGAGCAGAGCCUGGCCCUGCAGACCAUCUUCCAGGAGAUGGUUUACAUGAUCGACUGGAUGGAGGAGAUGCAGGCCCCGCUGCUGUCGAGGGAGGUGGGGAAGCACCUGCUGGAGGUGGAGGACCUGCUGCAGAAGCACGCCCUGCUGGAGGCCGACGUGGCUGCCCAGAGCGAGCGGGUGCAGGCGCUCAACCAGGCCGCCCUGAAGUUCUGCGAGCUGGCGGGUUACCAGCCCUGCGACCCCCAGAUCAUCCGCAACCGCGUGACCCACGUGCAGACGUGCCUGGAGGAGCUGUGCCAGCGGGCGGCCCAGCGGCGCACGGAGCUGGAGGCCUCCCGCCACCUGUGGGCCUUCUUCCAGGAGCUGGAGGAGGCCGAGGCCUGGGUGCGGGAGAAGGAGCAGAUCCUGGCCUCCAAGCCGUGCGGCAAGGACCUGAGCAGCGUGCUGCAGCUGAGCGGGCAGCACAAGGUGAUGCUGGGGGAGCUGGGCGGGCGCCGGGCCCUGCUGCACCAGGCCGUGAAGAAGGGGGAGCAGCUGGUGGCCACCCAGGGCCCCGGCGCAGCCCGGCUGCAGGAGAAGCUGCGGGAGGUGCGGCAGCGCUGGAAGAAGCUGGAGGAGGUGACGGGGACGCACCAGCAGAAGCUGCAGGAGGCCUUGAGCUUCUACCAGUUCAGCGCUGAGACGGACGACCUGCUGGCCUGGCUGCAGGACACCUACCGCCUGGCCUCCAGCGACGACUUCGGGCACGACGAGUACUCCAGCCAGGCGCUGCUCCGCAAGCACGCCGCCGUGGCGCAGGAGCUGGAGCGGCACCGGGCGCCCGUGCUGGCCCUGCGCGCCCAGCUGGCCCGGCUGGCCCCCCAGCACCACCAGGUGGUGGACGUGCAGAUCCGCAUCGUGGAGGUGGAGCAGCUCUACGGGGAGGUGGCCGAGGUGGCCGUGCUGCGGCACCAGUGGCUGCAGGACGCCCUGGCCGUGUACCGCAUGUUCGGCGAGGUCCGCGCCUGCGAGGGCUGGCUGGACGAGAAGGAGCAGUGGCUCUCCGGGAUGCACGUGCCACAGGAGCUGGAGGACGUGGAAGUGGUGCAACACAGGUUUGAGAGCCUGGACCAGGAGAUGAACAGCGUGAUGGGGCGCAUCCUGGACGUGAAUGAGACCGUGCAGCAGCUGGUGGAGGGUGGCCACCCCAGCGCGUCCGAGGUGCAGUCCUGUCGGGACCACCUGAAUGGCAGGUGGAACCGGGUGGUGGAGCUGGUGGAGCAGAGGAAGGACCAUCUCGGCUCCGUCCUGACGAUCCAGAACUACCUUCUGGAGUGCACCGAGAUCAAGGCGCAGAUCCGGGAGAAGCGCCGCGCCGUGGAGGCCAGCCAGUACAGCAGCGGCGACCUGGGUGGCGUCCUGGCCUUGCAGCGCAAGCUCUCCACCAUGGAGGCGGCCCUGGUGGUGCUGGAGCCCAAGCUCCUCGAGCUGCAGCAGGAGGGCGAAGCCUUGGCCACCGCCCACCCGGCCCAGGCGCUGACCGUCCUGCUGCACUUCGAGGAGAUCAGCGAGGAGUGGGAGGCCUUGAAGAGGACCCUGCAGGGCUGCGAGGACUCGCUCUCCGUGGCCAGCCGGCUGCAGCAGUUCAUCCAGGAUCUGGACAACUUCCUGACCUGGCUGGUGAAGACUCAGGCGGCCGUGGCCUCAGAAGAGCUGCCCAGCAACCUGGCGGGGGCAGAGCGGCUGCUGAGCCAGCACGUGGCCCUCAAGGAGGAAAUCGACCGCUACGAGGAGGACUACACCAAGAUCCAGGCGGCCAGCGACCUGCUGGCCCUGGAGGAAGCCGACGUGCCCUGCCUCUCGCUCCAGCAGUGGCUGCAGAAACUGGACGUGGGCUGGAACAAGCUGCUGCAGAUGUGGGAGAGCCGGCGGGAGGCGCUGGUCCAGGCGCACAUCUUCCACCUUUUCCUGAGGGACGUGCAGCAGGCCGAGGCCUGUCUCCGCAACCAGGCGUCCACCCUGGCCCACGCGGAGCUGCCCACCACGAUGGAGGCGGCGGAGAAGGCCAUCAAGAAGCACAAGGAUUUCAUAACCACCAUGGAGCUGAGCGUGCCGAAGACGACGCUGGCCCUGCGGGCCGGGGAGAGCCUGGUGCGCCAGGGCAGCCCCUACAGCGAGCGCGCCCAGGAGGAGAUGGCGGCGCUCAGAGACAAGAGCCACCAGAACUUCCAGCUGGCCCAGGAGUGGAUGCAGCGGCUGAACGAUCACUUGGAUCUGCAGCGUUUCUUGCAGAACUGUCAGGAGCUCGCCGGCUGGAUGCGGGAGAAGCGGCUCAUGGCCGGGGACCAGGCGGCCAAGCCCCAGGCGCGGUGGCUGCGGCACCAGGAGUUCCGGGCCCAGCUGGCGCAGAACCGCGAGUGGCUGCACAAGAUCGAGCAGGAAGGCCAGCAGCUCCUUGAGGAGAAGCCGGAGCUGGCCGGCUCGGUGAAGAGGCAGCUGGAGGAGAUCCGGCAGUGCUGGGGGGAGCUCGAGAGCACGGCGCAGGCCAGGGCCCAGCACCUCCUGGAGGCCAGCAAGGCGGAGCAGCUGGUGCAGAGCUACGCGGACCUGGACAAGAGGCUGGUGAACAUGGAGGGGCAGCUGCAGGCUGUGGAUGCUGGCGCCAGCCUGGCCACCGUCAACAACCAGCUGAAGAAACUCCAGACGAUGGAGUCCCAGAUGGAGGAGUGGUACAAAGAGGCCGGGCAGCUCCAGGCGCAGCUGGCCUCCCUGCCCCUGGAGCCGGCCAGCAAGGAGGCGGUGGACGAGAAGCAGAACGCGGUGGGGACGCGGAUUGUCCGCCUCAUCGAGCCCCUGAAGGAGAGGAGGAGGAUCCUGCUGGCUUCCAAGGAGGUGCAUCAGGUCUGCCGUGACCUGGAGGACGAGAUCAGCUGGGUCCAGGACCGGCUGCCGCUCGCCACCUUGCGAGACCACGGGAGCAAUCUGCAGGCAGUGCAGCACUUCAUCAAGAAGAACCAGAACCUGCGGCGUGAGCUGCAGGUGCACCAGCCCCGGGUGGACGAGGUGCUGGAGCGGGCGGGCGCCCUCGCCUCCAUCAAGAGCCCCGAGGUGGACGGGGUGCGGCUGCUGCUGGAGAAGCUGCGGGAGCUGUGGGGGGCGCUGGGGGAGCAGACGGAGCAGCGCCAGCACCUGCUGGACGCCACCUACCAGGUGGAGCAGUAUUACUUCGACGUGGGCGAGGUGGAGGCCUGGCUCGGCGAGCAAGAGCUGCUGCUGCUGAACGAGGAGAAGGGCAAGGACGAGCAGAGCACCCUGCAGCUGCUAAAGAAGCACCUGGUGCUGGAGCAGAGCAUUGAGAACUACGAGGAGACCAUCGCCCAGCUGUCCCGCCAGUGCCGCGCCCUGCUGGAGCUGGGCCACCCCGACAGCGAACAGAUAAGUAGGCGGCAGUCUCAGGCUGACCGGCUCUACGUGUCUCUGAAGGACCUGGUGGAGGAGCGCAAGGCCGGGCUGGAGCAGCAGUACUGGCUGUACCAGCUCAGUCGCGAGGUGGACGACCUGGAGCACUGGAUCGCCGAGAAGGAGGUGGUGGCCGGGUCGCCGGAGCUGGGCCAGGACUUCGAGCACGUCACGCUACUGCAGGAGAAGUUCACGGCGUUCGCCAGCGAGACGGGCAGCUUGGGGAACGAGCGGCUCUCGGCCGUGAACCAGAUGGUGGACGAGCUGAUCGACUACGGGCACGUGGACGCGGCCACCAUCGCGGAGUGGAAGGACGGGGUGAACGAGGCCUGGGCCGACCUGCUGGAGCUGAUGGAGACGCGGGCCCAGAUGCUGGCUGCCUCCCACGAGCUGCACAAGUUCUUCAGCGACUGCAAGGACCUGCUGGCCCAGAUCGAGGAGAAGAAGCAGCGGCUGCCGGAGGUGUCGGCCCGUGAGUCCCGCAGCUCCGCCGGGGCCCUGCAGCGGGUGCUCAGCUCCUUCGAGCACGACGUGCAGGUGCUGGUGAGCCAGGUGCGGCAGCUGCAGGAGGGGGCGGCCCAGCUGCGCACAGUGUACGCCGGGGAGAACGCCGAUGCCAUCGCCACCAAGGAGCAGGAUGUGCUGCGGGCGUGGAAGGAGCUGCUGGGCUCGUGCGAGGCGUGCCGGCUGCAGAUCACCACCACCACGGACAAGAUGCGCUUCACCAGCAUGGUGCGCGACCUCAUCUCCUGGAUGGACGGCGUCAGCUGCCAGAUUGGUACUGGCGAGAAGCCCAGGGACGUGUCCUCGGUGGAGGUGCUGAUGAACUAUCACCAGGGUCUGAAGAGCGAGAUCGAAGCCCGAAGCCAGAGCAUCGCGGCCUGCGUGGAGCUGGGCAAGACCCUAGUGCUCAACAGAAGCCCCGUGGCCGAGGAGAUCAAGGGCCACAUGGAGAGGCUGAUGACCAAGAAGAAGGAGCUGACUGACAAGUGGGACAAGCACUGGGAGUGGCUGCAGCAAAUGCUGGAAGUGCACCAGUUCGCGCAGGAGGCCGUGGUGGCCGAUGCCUGGCUCACGGCCCAGGAGCCCCUGCUGAAGAGCCGACAGCUCGGCAGCAGCGUGGACGAGGUGGAGCAGCUGAUCCGGCGCCACGAGGCCUUUCGCAAGGCGGCCUCCACCUGGGAGGAGAGAUUCAGCUCCCUGCGGCGCCUCACCACGCUAGAGAAGCUGAAGGCCGAGCAGAGCAAGCAGCCGGCCACACCACUCCUGGGACGCAAAUUCUUGGGGGAGCCCAGCGAGCCGGGCCUCAAGGGCCCCUCGCUGCUGCGCCAGGCCGAGGCAAAGCUGGAGCGGCAGGACCUGCUGCGGGGCCGGCCCCAGGCUCCGGCCCUCCCCAGCGGGGGCCCGGGGGAGCCCGCGGAGGCGCUGGAGCUCAGGGUGGCCUACGUGCGGCAGGAGAUGAAGCCGGAGCGGCUGCAGCCCCGGCUCGACCGCGUGCAGGAGGGCCUGGCUGUCGGCGCCGAGAGGCUGAGGGAGGCGAAGGCGGCGGCCGAGGAGAGGCUGGAGGCCAAGCCGAGCCAGCACCUGCAAGUGCCCGUGGCAGGCACGGUGCUGGCGGAGCCGGCCCAGGUCAGCCGUGCUGAGACGCAGCCGGAGCAGCCACGGGAGCAGCGUCCGGAGCCCAGCGAGCAGGAGACGCUGCGCCACGAGCAGGCGGAGAAGCGCCGGGAGCGGCACGAGCGGCGCCUGGAGCAGCAGGGGUCCAGCGAGCAGGAGACGCCCCGGCACGAGCUGGCGGAUAGGCGCCGGGAGCGGCACGAGCGGCGCCUGGAGCGACAGGGGUCCAGCGAGCAGGAGACGCCCCGGCACGAGCAGGCGGAUAGGCGCCGGGAGCGGCACGAGCGGCGCCUGGAGCGGCAGGAGUCCAGCGAGCAGGAGACGCCCCGGCACGAGCCCAAAGGGGGCGGCAAGACCACGCUGGCGGAGAUUGUGGAGCAGCUGCAGGAGAAGGAGUCGGCCGCGCAGGUGCCGGCCCCGCCCCGCGACUCCCCCGCCCGCCUGCCCAACGGCAUCGACCUGCUGCCCGAGAGGACGCCGCGCCCGGACCGGCCCCGGGCCCGCGACAGGCCCAAGCCCAGGAGGAGGCCGCGGCCCAGGGACCCCAGCCAGCCCCCGGGGGAGAGCCGCAGGUCCCGCUCGGCGCCGGCCCAGAGCAGCGCCCCGCCCCCUCCGCCCCCCACCUACACCGUCCAGCUGGAGGGCUUCCUCUUACGCAAGCACGAACUGGAGGGGCCCAACAAGAAAGCCUCCAACAGGUCCUGGGUAAACCUGUACUGUGUCCUGAGCAAAGGGGACCUGGGCUUCUAUAAGGAUGCCAAGGGGCAGGCGUCCGGCAGCACCCACGGUGGGGAGCCGCUGGUCCCCCUGCACCAGGCCACCAGCCAGGUGGCCAGUGACUACAAGAAGAAGAAGAACGUCUUCAAGCUCAAGACCGGUGACGGGAACGAGUUCCUGCUGCAGGCCAAGGACGAGGAGGAGAUGAAGAACUGGCUCCAGGCGCUGGCUGCCUCCGCCGAGGAGCACGCCGAGAUCGCCCGCUGGAGCCAGGCGCUGCUCACCACUUCCUCCACCGACGAGGGCAACCCGCGGCGGGAGAGCGACCGGCGGGCCAGCACCUCCGGCAGGAAGAAGUGAGGCGGGCGGGGCAGAGUGCCGGGGCUGAGAGCAGAGCCACGCCGCCCCACCAUCUGCAGCCUCCCUCCGCGCCACGCACCGAGCCAGCCCCUCCGUCUGCGCCCGUCCCGGACAGCCCCUGGACAUGGGUGCCCCCGCACGCCCGCUGCAGGAAUCUGCGCCCGGGGAGAGGAGAGCCCCGAAACACACGCUGUUUGCAUUCGGUGCCCGGAGGAGCCCAGCCCGUGUCAGCGGGAGCCGCCAGCUGGCCCGGCUCCUCACCACGGGAUGAUAUAUGCAAACCCGGCACCGUGUGGGGCUGGGAGGGGAAAUCCACCGGACUCAGAGACUCUGCACAGUGGGGAAGGGCCUGGCCCACUUCAUUUCAUCCCCUGGGGGGCAUACAGGAGCCUCCCCCUCUCCCUGCGUGGGGCGGGGCCCAGAGAGAGGCAGGCAGUUCUGGUCCCUCCCCGGGCUGCGGGGGCAGGGUGCCUGUUUACACCGGCUCAGGAUUUGGCCCACACCUUGUGAGUGGGGGAGGGAAGGGGGCAGGGCUGGGGAUGGUCUUCGGGUCCAUAUAAUGGUGUGCUGGCCCCUUAAGGCCCAGCCUAGGCCCCCAGGCCCCCGGCCCAGGCUGGGCCAGCCAGGGAUCGCGGGGAAGGGAACGGAGUUCGAGGUUGGGUCGUUCCUGGCUGGCCCAGCCUGGGCCGGGACCAGCGUGCUCUGGCCCGUUGCUGGCAGGCAGCUCUCCCUUCUGCCACCACCUCACCUCCCUCUCCGUGGCAGCGCCCGCGACUCUGGAUGGGGCAGGCGUUUGGAGAGGGCAUCCUGCCUCCCUGGCCUGGUCUGUCUCGCUGCAGCCCCGCACUUGGCAUCUCGUGCCCUGGGGGAGCAGGCUCUCCUGCCGCCCGCAGAGCCCUGGCCCUGACGCCGCCGAAGGGUAUCUGAGACUCGCCCCCAGCAAGCCCCUGGUUCCACCUCCCACUCGUGCAUCCCUUUGCACGCCAGCACUCGUGCACACAUGUCCAUGCAUCCUGGGCCUGCUCUUCUCACCUCUGCUGUGUGGGUCAGAACGGCAUCGGCAGCGCUUGGCCGGAUCCCCCACUUCUCCUGCGGAGCCAGGGGCCCGAGGUCUGGGAGCUGGCCCUGCUGUCCAACCAGGACCCGCUGCGCUCACUGCUGCCAUGGGCAGGGGCUGGCGGCUGGAGCGUUUGCACAGCCAAGGGUGGAGCUGCUGGGCCCAGGGCCUCUGUACCCCACAGGGCCUGUUCAGCCAUCUGCCCCCAAGCCCACCCUGCAUGUGUCAGGUUUGUGCCUAUGCCCGUGCCAGGCUCGCCCAGCCCCCAUGGAGGAGCCGUCCCUGGCCCCUCUCCACAUGUCCCCCCCCUCCAGGAGCCCUCCCCCGGUGCCUUCAGGCCACAGGAGAUCCUGUCCCUGGGGUAGGCAGCAGCCCCCCAGCCCCUGCCCCUUCAAACCCCGCAAGCUCGGGACCAGCCCUUGCCUUGGCCCAGGCGAGAGUUAUGGGGUCCUGGCUGCUGUGGGCUGGGCUCCGGUGCCGACUUCUCCCUCCCCAGUCCCAUUAACAAGCCAUAGUGCUGUGAGCGGCCUGGCCCCCAACCUCCGGCCCGCUGGGCACGGGCCCAGUGGGAAGAGCCGGAGGGUGAGGGGCUCCUCCCACGUCACACAAGGGGCACAUCUUUAUGCAAUAAACGGGCAGGGGCGAGGCUCUGGGGCAGGGGGCAGCGGGUUCUUGGCCAAAGCAGCCCCUGCCUGGCCGCAGUCCCUGGCAGCAGUGCAGAGCCGGGCUGGGGCCCUGGGAGUGACUGGUCAGGGGGUCAGGCCCAUGGGCCGAUUGCUUCGGGAUUCGGGGCCCUGGAGGGCAAAGCGCCGGGAAUGGCUCCAAGGAGCGGCCCCUGCAGGUGGCUGUGCUGGGGCGGGAGCCCAGACGGACGCUGACCAGACGCUCCGUUGGGAAUUGCCCCGGCUGUAGCCAAAGCCUCCUCACCGGGUUCCCGGCCUGUGGAACGGAGCCUGGGCAGGGGCCAAACCCGGCGUCUUCCAAGAGAAAUAGACAUGGAUUGGGCCGGACUCCAGCGGGCGUCGACCCAAGGGGCGCUGGCCACCAGACGGGUGUGGAACCAGCGUUUCCUCUCUCGGCUGGCGCCUGCCGCCGUCUCGGGGGCUGGUUCUUCAGGCAGCGCAGAGCCGGGGGCACUGGGAUCCAGGGCCCAGUUCUCCGUGCCCUGUGCUGCCGGUCAGGAGCAUUUCCCACCCACUCCCCAGCCACCGUGCAAACCGCCCCCGGCCUUGUGUUACCCCCCAGCCCCCACCCCUCGCCUCCGUCUAGUGACAUGGGAGCGAAUCAAGACAAAGCCACUUCCCUGCACCGGAGCCGGUUCCCCCUUCGGUCCCCCCGGCUGGCCGCAGCCCCGGCUUUCGCCUGCGGUCCCGGGAGCCUGUACAAUAGUGUCAUUGCUCUGAUGAUGUUUCUCCUCCUGUAUAAAGAAAAUCUGCCCGUGACAGCG